AUGUUUUUCUACACAUCUUUUUCUACAACUUUUUCGACUUUUCAAGCUGGUAUCGAUGACGUUUCUGUGGAUCUCUCUGUGGACUGGACGCCUCCAAACAGUGCCCGUCAAAGUCGCCGUAACACCAUCUUCUCGGUAUCGCCUGGUAAUAUAAAAGCCAAUGGUUUCGGUCUGAUGCCUCUGACAGUCGCAGCAUUGAGACAAUAUGCUAAUAGUCCACCGGAUGUGGCAGAAGAGGAACGAAAAGAGAAGGUAGCACACGAGAGUGUUGCUGGCUUCCUUGACGUAGCGCCCCAUUUCGAAAGCAGUUCCAGGCAGACGGAGUCGCUGUGCCGACUGAGGCGGGCGAUUUGUCGCGUACAGUAUCGAGACUGCUGGCCAGAAAUGCGGACUCGGUGA